UUUUGUGGUAGUUACGAUUCAAACAUAUGAUCAAAAUCUGCAUGUUGCCUAAAUGAUAACUGUAGCGAAUACAAUCGAGACAUCUCAUGAAGAUAUGCUUCAUGAUGCACAGUUAAAUUUAUUUGGGACCCAAUUGGCUACAUGUUCUUCUGAUUGUACUAUUAAAAUAUUUGAAAUAUUAAAUGGCACUCAAAAAUAUAAAGCCACUCUCUUGGGUCACGCAGGACCAGUUUGGCAAAUAUCUUGGGCACAUCCUUCCUUUGGUCACAUUUUAGCUUCAUGCUCAUAUGAUAAAAAAGUAAUAAUAUGGAUGGAAAUAGAAGAUAAGUGGCAUAAUGUAUAUGAACAUGAACAACAUAAAUCAUCAGUUAAUUCCAUUAGCUGGGCUCCUUAUUUAUCAGGAUUAAAGCUAUCUUGUGCUAGUUCAGAUGGCAACAUUUCAAUUAUGACUGCUUUAAAUAGUGAAUGUGAUAAAUGGAAUAUACAAAUUAUUGAAAAUGCCCAUCAAGAGCUUGGUUGUAAUGCUGUUAAUUGGUCUCCAUUAAUCUAUAACAGGUCAAUAUAUACUAGUGAUGAGAAAGAGGAAUUGAACAAAUCAAAUCCACUUUUAUUAUUAGUGAGUGGCGGUUGUGAUAACAUAGUCAGAAUAUGGAAGGAAUCUGAUGGUAAAUGGGAGGAGAAUUGUGUACUUGAAAGUCAUACUGACUGGGUUAGGGAUGUUGCCUGGGCGCCAUCUAUAGGAAUAAAUGAACAAACUAUAGCUACAUGCUCUCAAGAUAGGAAAGUUAUUAUAUGGAAAAACGAUAAUAUCGAUACCAAAAAUUGGAAGAGUCGAAUCCUUCAUACCUUUGAAGGUGCUGUAUGGCACUUGAGUUGGUCUAUAACCGGUUCUAUAUUAGCCGUUAGCGAAGGUGAUAAUAAGGUGAGUAUAUGGCAAGAAGAUCUGAAUGGUUAUUGGAUAUGUAUUAGCGAUGAUCAAAUGGCCGAAUCCAAAAAUUGAUAUAAAAUUCCCUCAAUAUUUAUAAAUCAAAGUUAUGCGCGCGAUUAUGAUAUUUUUUUUAAAAUAAAGAUUUGUUUAGAAAUUUGUC